AUGGCUGUGAUUGACAAGGCACCUGUUCUCCUGGGCCCCGAGCAGACGGGUCCCAAGGGAUGGAUCCAAUCCAUGAUCUGCCUCGAACUGGCAGACAACUAUGAUGCUGACGAGAUCUCGUCCAUCCUCAAGAAGGCGUGGGCCACCUUCACGGCGCGGACGCCCAUGGUCGGCGUCGAGGCCGUGCCUCUGGGCGGCGACCUGAAGCCUGCUGGUCAGCUCAAGUUGCAGCCGUACGGCGCCGGCGAGGUCGAGGACUUUGUGGUCAAGGACCACCGCGCAGACGAGACUCUGCCCACCUUUGCUCAGAUCAAGGCUCAGGGUUUCCCCAACUCGGCCGCUGGCCACGCCAAGUUCUGCCUGCGCGGUGCCAAUGGCCCCUGGCCCAUCUUUGGCGUCGACAGACUGGCCACCAACUUCAUGCAGGCCAACCUGAUCAAGGGCGGUCUGCUCAUCAACCACCUGUGCUUCCACGCCUUUGGUGAUGGCACUUCCAUGUGGAAGCUCGUCCAGAUCUUUGCCGAGGACGUGCGGAGGGCCCAGGGUCUCGCCGUUGAGCAGCCUGUUGAGAUUCCCACGGCCGACCGGGCCAAGCUCCUCAAGGCCACCGGCAAGAAUGUCUGUGCCAACUUUGCCCAGGAGCACCAAGAGUACAUCCACCUGCCCUUCACGCCCGAUGCGCUGCCCGACGGCCUGACCAAGGCCAAGCACCACGCUCACGUGUUCCGCUUCACCCCCGAGGCCAUCCAGAAGCUCAAGGCCGAGUGCUCGCCGGCCAACGUCCGCGUGCUCAAGAGCCUGGUGGCCCAGGACCAGCUGCCCAAGUUUGUCUCGACCAACGACGUGCUGACGGCGCUGCUCUGGCGCACCGCCCAGCGCGCCGAGCAGGCCGACCACGCCGCCUACGACGGCACCGAGACCCCCUCGGUCGUCAUGGUGGCCCUCGACGCCCGCCGCCGCACCCACGUGCCCGUCCACCCCCACACCCUGGGCAACAUUGUCGGCUACUCGCCGGCCAUUCUGCCUCUCUCAAAGGUGCUCAACAGCUCCGAGGCCACGCUGGCCGACCUGGCCUGCCUGAUCCGCAUCGGCGUCAACAAGUGCGGCAGCACCUACUACGACGAGGUGGCCCACUACAUUGAGAACAUGGACGACGUGAACCGGCUGGCGGGCACGGCCUUCCUCGACAUGCCGGGCAAGAACGUGCUGCAGAGCAACUGGAGCGAGUUUGACUACUACGGCAUCGAGUGGGGACCCGCCUUUGGCGACCGUAUCAAGGCCGUCCGUUUCCCGGCCGGCGGUGUCUGCGCCGGCUUCCAGAUCAUCAUGCCUACGCACCCCGACAGCCCGGCUGGAACCGUGGACGUGUUGACUGAUGUGUCGGAUGAGGCCUGGCCACGGCUGCUACGCGAUGAGACCUGGAACACGUAUGCCAAGAACCCCACCACGGUGGCGUACGAAUAA